UCAGCGUCUCUCUCAAAGACUCUUUUAACGAUACAUUCUGCAGUAGAUUGCGUCGAAGUUAGUGGUCCAACAUGUCUUCGUCCUGUGGUUCAGUGUGUCUACUGGUCUUGAUGGGAGUUGUGCUGGCAUUAGGAAGUCCUCUCCAUGAGAACCUGAUGCAAGUUCUGGACUCCAUCGCAGACCCGCUGAAGCUGAAGGAGCCAGAGAUCGGCAGCAAACCUCUCUUCAGCUCCAUCAUCAAGAGCAUUAACACCUCCUGCCAGAGAAAAGAAGACAUUCAGGUGAUGAAUGCCACUCUGGACGUCUACAUGCACAUCUUCUCCAGCCUCCUGCAGCACAACCACCACCAGCACCACGGCAGGACCUUGUCCUCGCCUGUGCUGGACCAGCUGUCCAACUCUGACAGGGAAAAGGUGAAGUUGGAUCUGAGGAAUCUCCAGCAUAAGAUGGAGGAGAUGAGGAAACACCUGGGCCAGCUGAACCAGGACAAAGCCGACAUGCUCAGCGAGCUGGACAAAAUAAAGGUCGACGACCCCAUCGAUCAGAGGAAGGCUCUGGCUGAGUUCCGACAGGUGUACCAUGCGGUUGAGCUACUGGUUUCCAUUGACAACUAAUCCUCUCACAUUAAAAUAAUCUCAUCUCAUUGAUUUUUAUGUUUAAAGUUUUCCACAUUCACAUCUUCCAUGUUUCACAUAUUUAUUUUGUUAUUUAAGGUUUUACUUUAGGUCAUUUCUCAAACUCAGUGUUCCUCUCAGCAGUUAUAUUUAUUUUUGUGAUAAUUUAACAUUUUAUUUAUGGUUCAUUUAUUUACUUAAUUUAUGUUUCUUGUUGUCAU